AUGGGCUUUUUACCCUUUAAUACAAAGGAGACUGCAAAUAAAAUAAGAUGUUUUUAUUGCAAUUCUUCUUUUUCUAAAAAACAAGUAAAAAAUAUGAGAGAAUGGGUUUGUUUUGUUUGUCAGGCAAGAAAUUAUAUGGAUAGUAAGGGAAAUACAGAAGAUGUUCCUUUUUAUGCAGCAAAUAAGAAUGACCAUUUAAAUAUUCGUUAUACAGCAUUAUCGUCAAAUCAGACAGAAUUAUCGCCAUUUUGCCAAACUUGCAUGAAAAACCAUCUAUUUAUCGUUAAUGCAUUGGCAUCAUAUUUACCUUCUGAAGAAGAUCCUGAUUAUGAUGUUUAUUUGUCUGCAUUACCUUCAUAUCGGGAGUUUUUAGAAGAGCGAUAUCCUAUGGUGUGUGAUCUUUGUUUUCCUCAUAUACAGAAGCAUUUGGCAAAGAAAAACUAUAUUGCGAAAUCUAUGACUCUUGGAGGAUGGCUUUUAAGUAGUAAAAAAAUGCAUGGCUCAAGACAUAGUCAAUCUCGCCUUUUUUUAUGGGUUCAGCUUUUUAUAUGGAGUUUUCGUGGUUUAGGAUGGUGGGUUUUUACGGUUUUCGUUAUUUUGUAUUAUAUUUUAGGUUUUUUCAUUCCAAGCGUUUUUUUAAAAAAUACUUAUGAGAUAAUACCGUUUUGGAGUACGCGUAGCUUUUCAAAGUGUGUAGCUAUAUUAUUUGAUAAAAGUGUAUCUUUUGGUACAUGUUUAUUUCUUUAUAAACUUUUCAUUAGAAAAUUAAUAUUUUGGGGUAUUUUUGUUAUUUUAUGGGAUUAUACAUGGAUUUCACAAAUUUCGAAAUCAUAUCAUCGUGUUUCUGGUAAAAAAUAUUACUAUAUAUGUCAAAUAUUUAUUCACAUUAUCCGUGCUAUUGCUGAAUUUAUAUUAUCUGAGCGUAUAUCAGAUGCUUCCAUUUAUUCGGAGAUUAGUCUUGUGCUCUUUUUUAUUUCUAUAAUUCAUUUAGUAUUGAUAUUUAAAUGUAUCUACUUUAUUCCUCCGGCCUUAAUUAGUUUAUAUGAUUCGAAUUCUAGAGGAUUUUCUGUUGAUUCCAAACAAAAACUCAACACUGAAUUUAAAAUGGUAGAAAAAAAAUCAUCUGAUAAUGAUAAAAAUUUAUCAGUUCCUCUGUCAAAUAAUUGUAGGCUGGAAGAAUGUCGACAUAAUGUAGAUUUAUGUGAUGAUUUUAUGCAAUUAGAUCCUCCUGAAGUAGUACCAUUUAAAAUGGAUAUUGGAAAUUCUUCUCUGCAUAAUAAUCCAUCGUUUGGCUUUUCUAAGGGGAUAAAAUUGCCAUUACCACCCAAAACGUCUAUGUAUAGUAAUGUUCAACAGUCAAAUAGGAGUUUUAACUCCCAAAAAGAAAACUAUUUCUUACGGUCAAAAUCUAAUAUAUUUAAGACUAAUCAAAAAGAUGAUGAUGAUGAUGAUGAAAUUGCAUCUCAACGGUUUUUUGCUCCUGAGGAAACAACCAACUGGAUUGGAAACUAUUUUUUCUCCUGCCUUAAUCGGCAUAAAUUAACUUGGAAUGAAGUUAUUUCAGUGCUUUGGGCUCUUGAAAUAAUGAUUAUUAAUAUUUUAAAUUUAGGAAAAUUUUCAUAUUAUUCUUCCAUUUUAGGUUCCUUUGGUAUAGCAUGCAGCAUAGCAACCGGCUCUUGGUUUUUGAGGAAAACAUAUAUAAAAUUGAUUUUUAUCGGGACUGUUGUCUCUUUUUUUUAUUAUCUUUUUAUUUAUAUUAAUCAUUAUGAUGAAGAUUUUGAAGUAUUCUUAAAGACAUCUAAAACUUUUUUUAUCUAUAAUACUUUAAUUACUGCAUUUUAUUCCUGUUUUAGUUUAAGAAUAUUAUGGAUUAUACGGUUUUUAUGGAGCUAUAGACCGUUAAAAGCAAAGCAGGGAUGUUCACAAAAGAAAAGUAAAAUAUGGGGAAAAUAUGCUUAUAACAAAUGA